AUGCGGCGGGAAGUGGGAGCGGGUCCGGGGCGGCGAUGGCUGCUGCUGGCGGCCCUGCUGUGGGCUCUUGGAUGCUCCGCGGCGGGGAGCGGAGGCCGGCGGCGGGCGGCCAGCCUGGGAGAGAUGCUGCGGGAGGUGGAGGCGCUUAUGGAGGACACGCAGCACAAGCUGCGCAAUGCGGUGCAAGAGAUGGAAGCUGAAGAGGAAGGGGCAAAAAAACUGUCAGAAGUAAACUUUGAAAACUUACCUCCCAACUACCAUAAUGAGUCCAACACAGAAACCAGAAUUGGUAAUAAAACUGUUCAGACUCAUCAAGAAAUUGAUAAGGUUACAGAUAACAAAACUGGAUCAACAGUCUUUUCUGAGACAGUUAUUACAUCUAUAAAAGAUGGAGAAAACAAAAGAAAUCAUGAGUGUAUUAUUGAUGAAGACUGUGAAGUGGGGAAAUAUUGCCAGUUCUCCACCUUUGAAUACACGUGCCAGCUCUGUAAGACCCAGCCUAUGCCCUGCUCACGGGAUGUUGAAUGCUGUGGAGAGCAGCUGUGUGUUUGGGGUGAGUGCAGGAGAUCCACUUCAAAAGGAGAGAACGGCACCAUUUGUGAGAACCAGCACGACUGCAACCCUGGAACGUGCUGUGCUUUUCAGAAAGAAUUACUGUUUCCUGUGUGUGCUCCAUUACCUGAAGAAGGUGAACCCUGCCAUGAUCCUUCAAACAGACUUCUCAACCUGAUCACCUGGGAACUGGAACCUGAUGGAGUACUUGAACGAUGCCCAUGUGCAAGUGGCUUGAUCUGCCAAGCUCAGAGCAGCCACAGCACUACAUCUGUCUGUGAACUGUCUGCCAAUGACACAGGGAAUAAUGAAAAAGAAGAUCCCUUAAUCAUGCAGGAACUGCCAUUUCUCAGCUUGAUGCCCAGAGAUAUUUUUUCCGAUUAUGAAGAAAGCAGUGUCAUCCAGGAAGUGCGCAAAGAGUUAGAGAGCCUAGAGGACCAAGCAGGCUUGAAGCCUGAGCCCGAGUCAGUUCACGACCUUUUCUUGGGAGAUGAAAUUUAAAGUCCAAGCACCAGACAAUUCAGUUACUUCUAGAAAUUCUGUCAGUAUCUUGCUUAUAUAAACACUAAACACAUACUGCUGGA